AUGGAGUCGUCUCAGAUUGUGCAGCUGAUGAUGGUGCUGAUGCUUGCUGUGGCGAUCGAGAGUCGAAUCAUUCCAGUUGAUGCUCCUCCCCUGGCCAUCGACACGAGUCACGAUCCUCAUCCGCAGUACACUUUCGCCUACAACAUCCAAGAUGCCUACACGGGCGACCAGAAGAGUCAGCAGGAGACUCGCGAGGGCGACGUGGUGAAGGGAUCGUACUCCGUUGUGGAGGCCGACGGAACGAUCAGGACGGUGAUCUACACGGCGGAUCCCAUCAAUGGCUUCAACGCUGUCGUCCAGCGAGCCCCAAUCGCGGUUCAGUUGGCUCCUGCCUUGGCUCCUCUGCAAUCUCUCGCCUACACAGCCGCUCCUGUGGCUUAUGCAGCUCCUGUCGUUGUGGCCGCUCCGGCUCCUGUUGUUGCCGCCAGGGCAGCUCCAGUAGUCGCUGCCGCUCCUGUCGUUGCCGCCCACGCGGAAUUCGAUGACGCCUUCCCACAAUAUCAGUAUGCCUACAAUGUCCAAGACACUCUAACAGGCGACUCUAAGACUCAGGAGGAGACGCGGGAAGGCGAAGUCGUGCGCGGUUCUUAUUCCCUGAUCGAGCCAGACGGCGCGCGCCGUGUUGUUAAGUACUACGCCGAUCCUGUGAAUGGAUUCAAUGCCGUGGUGCAGCGCGAUGUUCCAGUAGCGGCUCCAGUUGUGGCUGCAGCUCCCGUCGUGGCGGCCAAAACUGUCGUGGCACCAGCUGUCGCCGCUCCAGCGAAGAUCGUAGCGGCCAAAGCAGUGGUAGCCUAAUUGAGUCCUCAGACUGCCUAAGCAAAUCUUCACAUUGCAAAUUGGAGAAUGUCACAA